AUGCUGCCACCAAAUCUCGUAGAGCACUGCACCGCUCUCACCCGAGUCAAUUAUACGAACUUCGCAUUAAGCCUCCUUCUCUUCAUUGGUAUCCUGGUUUCGUACCUCCCGCAACAUGUUCGUAUCAUCCACCGCCGCUCGUCGUUCGGCAUCUCGCCCUACUUCGUCCUACUGGGCACCACCAGCGGAACCUGCGCCUUCGCCAAUAUCUUGGUGCUGCCCACCUCGCGCGCAGAUAUGGCUUGCUGCCACGAGAUCGAUGGCUUUCCUUGCUUCGCCGGCCUGCUUGGUAUUGCGCAAGUGGGCAUGCAGUGGUCAUGUUUCUGCCUCAUUCUCCUUCUCUUCGUCCUCUUCUUUCCGCGCGACGGCACCACAUCCGAUCCUGUGAAAGACCCCACUGCGCCCACCUAUCGCACAGCAUUGGUUGUCGCGGGCGUCUGUGUCGCUCACGCCGUAAUCGUGAUCGUCCUCUCGUGUGUUUUUGUAUGGGCGGCGCAAGAUCAUCUCCAGGGUUGGGCGAACUUCCUCGGCAUCCUGUCCACUAUACUGGCGAGCAUACAAUACUUUCCACAGAUAUACACCACCUACCAGUUGAAAAGAGUGGGUAGCCUGAGCAUCCCCAUGAUGUGCAUUCAGACACCAGGUAGUUUUGUGUGGAGUGCCAGUCUGGCGGCUCGUCUCGGGCCGGCAGGAUGGAGUGCAUGGGGUGUGUAUCUGGUGACGGGCUCGCUGCAGGGGACUUUACUUGUGAUGGGGAGCUACUUCGAGUUUGUGCAUUGGAAAAGAGAAAGAGAGGAGCUGGAAGGAAGAAUUGCGCAAGGCAACGGGAGCACGGCGCCUGGGGAAAGUGUCUCUGCUGAGCAUGACGAGCGGACACCCCUGCUCCGGCCAGAUUAA